CAAUUGUUUACGUGAACGGAACGUGUAUACGAUACAGAAGUACCUGCCAAGUUAUUCGUUUUUACGGGAGAACAGCGGCGUUCAAGAUAGUGUCGAGGGGGAGGCAUUGUUUACGAUACGUGCGUGGCCGCGUGCGUGCGUGCAUGGAAGAGAGAAACGGACGAAGGACCUCGAGGUACGAAGGAGAACGAGGCGGAGCAAGGUGGCUCCGCUAACGGCACGAGCGGCGGUGAAAAAAUGUCGAGCGCCGCAGACAGUCCUGAUGGGAUGGCUUUGCAGUCGCACUAUUCCUUACGAUGGAACAAUCAUCAGACGCAUAUACUUCAGGCCUUCGAGGCGUUGCUACACGCGGAAUUACUCGUUGACGUGACCCUGGUCUGCGCCGAGACUAGUCUCAGGGCGCACAAGGUUGUUCUUAGUGCCUGCAGCCCGUUCUUCGAGAGGAUAUUUGCGGAGCAUCCCUGCAAACAUCCGGUGAUCGUGCUAAAGGACUUCCCUGGCCACGAGGUAGCGGCGCUGAUCGACUUUAUGUACCGUGGCGAGGUGAGGGUUGGCCGCGAGGAGCUUCCCGGCCUGAUGAGGGCCGCGGAGAGCCUGCAGGUGCGUGGACUAGUGUUGUCGGAACCGAGACCUACGUCACCACCGGAAACACCGACCGCGGACCUCCUCCUGGGCGAGCCCUCGACGCCCGAGGGGGCCAGGCAAGGUACGCCCGAGGAGGAUGACAACGCGUCCGAGAGCACCGCGCCCCCGUCCACCCGGGAACAACCACCUCCCGUCACGACACCCACCAUUUUCCACCCUGCGAGGGACCACCGUGAUAUGUUGCCGCAUAUGGGCCACUUGAACUUUGGGAUACGCGAGUUGCGUGAAAGUUGCGGAUCCCCGCUUUUGCCGCGGCGGAAGCAAGCACGGCCGCGGAGGAGAUCGGUCGAGCUCGUCCCUCAAGAUCUGAGCCGACCCCAUCCACCGCCGAGUCUGAGCCCGCCUGCGAGCGGACUGGAUCUGACCGGGUCUAACAACAAUCAUCAGCAAUCGCAGCAGCAGCAACAGCAGCAACAACAGUCUCAGGGUCAUCGUCCGCAGCGGGAGGGAAGCUCGCCCACCGGCAGGACAACGCAUCCGUAUCAGCAGCAACAGCACCAGCAACAACAACAGCAGCAACAAGAAUCUCCACUCACACCGCAACAAAGCUCCGUGACGCCCAUAUUCCCGUUGGACGGUGUCGUGUCUCUAGGUGGUGGACUGUUCCCUCAUGUAGGUGCCCUAGACAGGGGAUCCCUUUUGGCGGAUCUCCACGAUAGUUUUAAACCGGAAGCGCUGCACGGACUUUUCGGCGCGGCCAGCCUCGGGACUCACCACCCGGGUAAAAAGCCAAAGAAGCACAGGGGCGACGGUGACACGCCGCACAGGUGGGGCGACCACAGUAGCAGGGGCCUCCCCGUCGGAAGGCCGAAAGGACAGCACAGCGCACCUAGGGGCGGCCCGCCCAGGUCUUGGACGAACGCGGAGCUGACCGAGGCGUUGCAGCACGUUUGGAAUAAGAAGAUGACCACGUCGCAGGCAAGCAGGAUAUUCGGCAUCCCGUACAACAGCUUGUUAAUGUACGUGCGGGGGAAAUAUGGGAAGAGUUUGAAACUCGAACAGCUGAGAAGGGACUGUACGGGGGCGACUACGGGCGAGGUAGUUAUGAAUUCGCUUAACAACAACGACAAGGCCGUCCAGCCGCCCGCGCAAAUCAUCCACCCCCUUGCUGGCCUGCCGCCCCAUCCGGGCGACGACGCUGGAUUCCCCCAUCACUCGUUGCUCACGAGCAACUUGCCGCACGGUUUCUUCCCCGACUUUGCCCCCGCGGAAGCGUUGAACGAUCGUUACUCGUUUGACAAUCAUAUUCGAUAAAUCGAACCAAUCCGACGCAAACCAACUUGUUUUUUC